AGCUUUCUUCGAACCUGAGGUUCGGGUUUGUCCAAAUCCAGGUUCGGACCUCACAAAGCCUCUCGAAAAAGAGCCAAGCCAGCGUCGAAAAAUAAUGGAACCAAAGCAAAAGAGAGAGAGGAAGAGAGAGAAAGUAGUGAGAGAGAUAGAGUGAGAGUGUUGUAGAGAGAGAAAGUGUUAGAGAGAGAGAGAGAGGGAAAAGGAUGGGUCAGAUCGUGAAGAGGAAGAAGAAAGGGAGGCCAUCGAAGGCAGAUCUGGCGCGCCGAGCCGUCGAGUCGGCUGAGGCGGCUGAGCGCGAAGUCCGGCGGAGUCUCCGGCGCCGGAAUGUCAGGUACAACAUCGACUACGACGAUUAUUUGGACGAAGACGACGAGGACGACGACGAGGAAGACCAGAGGAGGAGAGAGAAGAAGCUCAAGCUCGUCGUCAAGCUCAACCAAGGCACCGAGACGACUACGACUCCGCCUCCCCCUCCGCCGCGCCCUCGGUCGGCUGCGCGUGGGCCGCACGCGACGGAUGAUGAGGAGGACGAGGAGGAGGUGGAGGAUGAAGAAAACGAGCAGGAAAGGAAGCCGAUGAAGAAGAGGAAAAUCAACGGUCAAGAUGAUGACAACGAGGAUGAUGACGACGAAGAAGUAGAACAAGAACAAGAACAAGAAGAAGACGAAGAAGAUGACGAUCAUAAUAACCGUCAUCGUCAUCAUCCUCAUCAUGAUUAUGAUGAUGAGGAAAGGGUGGUGAGGAAUAAGGUGGUGGACUCAAAGGGUGUCGAUUCUGCUCCAGGGACACCUUCUGAUCCUCCUCUUUUGAUUCCAUUGCCUGAUAAGAAGACAUUGGUGUUUAUUCUUGACAAGCUUCAGAAGAAAGACACGUACGGUGUAUAUGCAGAACCGGUUGAUCCUGAGGAGCUUCCGGAUUAUCACGAAGUGAUUGAGCAUCCUAUGGACUUUGCCACAGUGAGGAAGAAGUUAGCAAGUGGAUUGUAUUCUACCUUGGAACAAUUUGAGAGUGACAUUUUCUUAAUUUGCUCAAAUGCAAUGCAAUACAAUGCACCAGACACCAUAUACUAUAAACAGGCUCGUUCCAUUCAAGAAUUGGCAAAGAAUAAAUUUGAGAGGCUAAGGAUGGAUUUUGAACGCUCUGAGAAAGAAUUGAAAUCUGAGCUGAAAACAAGAUCCAAUUCCUUAAUCAAGAAGCCAGUAAAGAAGCCAUUCUGCCGGACCUCACAGGAGCCCGUUGGCUCUGAUUUCUCCACUGGUGCCACUCUUGCCACCAUUGGAGAUGUACAGAAUGUUUCCAAUCCAAACCAAGGUGGUAAUUGUGAGAGACCUAGUAAUGCUGAUGUUGUUGUAGAGGGUAAUUCUUCCCUAGUUGAUACUAAUCCUGAGAAGGUGGAAGAACUGUCAUCAGGGAAGGGUCUGUCUAAAUGGGCAAGGAAGCAAUUUGUUUUUGAUGACAACCGCCGUGUGACGUAUAAUAUUUCCAAUCAACCAGUUGUUAGAUCAGAAUCAAUAUUUUCAACCUUUGAGGCUGAAAUUAAGCAGCUGGUUGCUGUUGGGCUUCAUGCAGAAUACUCUUAUGCUAGGAGCCUGGCUCGUUUUGCUGCAACUCUUGGACCUGUUGCUUGGAAAGUUGCCUCCCAGAGAAUUGAGCAGGCAUUACCUGCUGGUUGUAAAUUUGGUCGUGGUUGGGUUGGAGAAUACGAGCCACUUCCAACCCCUGUGCUAAUGCUUGAGAACCGAAUGCAGAAAGAACCUGGUUUAGUUUCAAAGUUGCAGUCUAAUGCUGAAUUGAGAAAAGAUGACAAAACUAAGACUCCUGUUCCUGCUAAGGAGCAUCCUGUAAGUAGGCCUACCUUGGAGGGGAAACACUGUUUGUUGGCUCCAGUCAGUAGUCAUACUACAGAAGGGAAAUUAUCUGUUUCUGGUUCUGCUGGAACAAAACCUAGUACUCCCAAUAAUGCUAUUUAUCAGCUGCAAAAUCCACAAUCUAGGAAUUUUGCCAAGCCUGAGAGUAAGGUUAUCAAGCAAUUUGAAUUGAACUCUUUGCCCUCAGCGCAUCAAAAUAAUGCUGAGCUUAUUGCUGAAAAGCAGUUUUCAAGUAAUUCAGAAAUGUCAGGUUCAAGGUCUAAAGAACCAGCACCAAGAAACAUAAAUAUUUUGCAGCCUGUACCUUUUAAGCAGCCGGAUACUAACGGAGUUGUUACUGGAGGGUUGCCUAAUGGAAAAGUCAACAACAGAGGUUUGAAUAAUAAGAUGAGUAAUCCAUCUUCUGACACAGUUCCUAAUCACACGGCUAGAGCAGCUUACUUUGCUCAUGCGCAGGAGCAGGGUCUUAGUGACCCUGUUCAGUUGAUGAGAAUGUUGGCUGAAAGGGCUCAGAAGCAGCAGAAAUCUUCAAAUCAAUCUCCAGUUGAAACUCUACAAGCCACACCCUCGGUUCCAUCUACAAGGAGAGAUGACUCAGGCAAUGCUUCAGCAGCUGCUGCCCGUGCAUGGAUGUCCAUAGGGGCUGGAGGGUUUAAACAAGCAACAGAAAAUUCAGGUGUGCCCAAAGCUCAGAUAUCUCCGGAUCCAUCAUACAACCCAACUCAGGAAUUCCGUCCACAAAUUUCUCAAGUUCGGGGAGAGUUUCCGCUUUCUGGGGGGAUGCAAACCCAGUCUGAAAGGAAGAGUUUUCCACUUCAGCCUUUUGUACCACAACCUGUUCGUGUGGGCAAUGAAGCACAACUCCAAAAUCGACCUAUAGUUUUUCCCCAGUUAGCACCGGCUGACUUGUCUAGGUUUCAAGUGCAGUACCCUUGGCGAGGUCUUAGUCCUCAUACCCAACCAAGGCCAAAACAGGAGACACUUCCUCCAGACUUGAAUAUUGGUUUCCAGUCUCCAGGGUCUCCAGUGAGACCAUCCUCUGGUGUUCUGGUUGAUUCGCAGCAGCCAGACCUGGCUUUGCAGCUUUGAUUGAGGAUUGGUUUUCAGAGGAAUCAGACAGAUAGGGAAGAGAGCGUAGGUCAAUUUAGCUCCUGUCUCAGCAACAUAAAUUUUGUUAAAGUCUCCCAUGCCUUAGUUGCAUAAUUGCAAUGAAUGUGAAUGCCACCGGUUUGAUAUUCUGAGAUUUUGGUGUUCCCUAGUCCUGGAUUAAAGGAUGGAGACGUGUUGAAUCAUUUUACUUUUUGAUUGGGGUUUGCGCAUACAGAGAAGGAUUUAGUUAGUCAGAGAGCUUGCUUGAGAUGGAGUGAUGCCGGUGGAUUUGAGGAAAGACCGUCUUAUUUGCUAAAUGAGGAUUACUGACUUUCAGCGGUGGAGUUUAUAUCAUUUCAAGGAGCUAAAACAUUUGAAAAUUUCAGCAGCAGAUCAUUGAUUUUAUGAAUAUUAGCGAUUGUUUAGAAGUUCUUAAGUCUGACGGUGACGGUAAAUGCAUAAAAUGUAGUUGAUGCCUUGUACAUUUGUUACAGGUGGAUGAGAAUCAGUUGUUUAGCUUCUAGUUCUUAUGAUGCUUAUCAUGUAAUUGCAUUUUAAUUCCAGUUAAUACUGCCAAUAUUUAUGUAAAUGAAUAUUAUAAUCUCUGAAAUGGAAAUUUUCUACUGUUCUCUUA